AUGGGUGGGCGCGAUGCACUGAUCUUUUUUGGUUGCCUCAACCAUGACGUAGUAAAAACGUUGUUCAAUUUGUCUCAAAAAUAUUGUUGCAUGAGUAUCAUCAAACCCACCAGCCAACGAGCAGCUUCAGGCAACAGAAUAUUGUGGACAUCCUGGAAUACAUUUUACAAUCAACCAUCGUUGAUAAGCCAAUCAGCAUCGGCUGCCAGAUCGUUGAACCGCGGUAGACUCAGCGAGGCUGCAACACGAACACGCGUACCGGAUAUAUGGCCUGAGGCUCACCUGCUAAACGAAGCAUUCAAGCAUCUGCCCACUGUAUCCACAACUGACUCACCAACAGUGACAAGUCCAAAGGUUGCUGCUCCACCUGGUCCCAAUAAGAUCCGUCAAGACAUGAUGCAUCGUGCUGGCUUCACCAAGCCUAGGCUCGCCCUCUAUCUCCCCUGUCAGUCCCGGCUCUUGUUCACCGACGGUUCCGGUCUUACUCGGUCGGGCAGGCCCGAGUCAAGCCUGCUAAACAAUACAGGUCAGAAGCGAUGGAUACUUUUCAAAAAGGACCAGGGACCGCCUAGACAUUUCCACGCGAAGACGAACGCCACUGCUACCCCUUGUUUGGACCAAACGGCUGACGACGAGUAUGAGAGCAACUGGGAAAGCGAAACUAGAUACAACCAACCUCACCCAAUCUGGAACGAUGAAGAAGUUCAUUCUGUGCAGAGAACGCAUUUCCGCCCUCGGGGUAUGAGUGACAGGUUUGCUUUGUACUUUAUCAGGCUGCUCCGUGGGACCUUCGACGUAUGUACGGGUUAUGCGUUCGGUCCUCUGUCUGCUCAGGGCUGGAUUAACCGUGUGGUGUUGUUGGAGACUGUGGCUGGAGUUCCGGGUUUGGUCGGUGCUUGUAUCCGUCAUUUGCGGAGUCUGCGGCGGAUGGAAAGGGACUAUGGAUGGAUCCACACGUUGCUGGAGGAGGCUGAAAACGAGCGAAUGCAUCUGAUGUCUGCUCUGAUGAUAAAGAACCCAGGUCCUCUCUUCAGAUGCAUCGUGGUUGCCGGACAGAUGUUCUUCCUACCGCUGUUUACGACACUCUACUUCGUCUCUGGGAAGACCGCACACCGGUUCGUCGGCUACUUGGAAGAGGAGGCUGUAAAAACCUAUACCCACUUACUCGAAGAACUGGAGGCAGGACACCAACCCAGUCUAGCUGCCAUGCGAGCACCCCGCGUUGCCCGCCAGUACUGGCAACUAAAGGAUGACGCCACCUUCACAGACAUGAUCUUCGCCAUCCGUGCGGAUGAGUCACACCACAGAGACGUGAACCACACCUUCGCCAACAUGAGACCCGAUGAAGAAAAUCCCUUUGAACCGGGACACUAG